CGAUUUAGUUGGCUGUGAUUCGUGUUUAAGCGUAGCCGCCUGCUAGAUCUUAUAGAGCCAUCAAUUCUGCGUUACAUAAAGACCCAGACGUCUCGUAACGGGCAACAUUAAUCAUUAAAUCGACAUUAAUGGUAAUUCUGCGCAAAAUUUCGGGCACAAAGCCGUCGAGUCGGGAUAUCAAUUUAACACUCGUCGUCGUAACGUGCGUUAUUAUUGACGACGGUUUGUUUAUAAUUGUCGACCAAUCGAAAAAUUCUAAUUUGCUUCCUAGUCAUCAAGGUGAUUCGCGGUAACGAAAAAAAAACCAGUUCUCUCUAAUUGUGACGAAUAUCGGUGAAAUACUUGUGACAUUAUUGCAGUGGGGUGUUUUUCCGGGGUCAAAUGUAAACGGAAAAACCUCAGGCAGAGUCCAAAUUACGACCCAGUGUACAUAGUAUGUGUACGUACGUGUGUAUAGUAUUUAUUACUACUUAAGUCUAUUUAUUUUUUUAUAUUGUUUGUAUACGAAAAUGCAUUCCAUAGCUUUGAUAGCUUGUAUCGUAUUAACUGUUACCGCGGUAAAUGCAAUGUUUAAAAAUCACAUGCACUACAAACCCUACCCCAGGCAGCAGUUCGAUCUGUCCAGCCCUUGCCCGGACAACUUCGAAUACAGGAGGGAUGAAAACGGUGGUUUGAUAGGUAUCGUGAAAGUGGAACACACCGGACAAGAGAGAAAAAUUCAACUAGACAUCGAACUAUCCGUAGGAAAUGUCGUAGAGGGUUACAAUGGAAAAAUUCAACUAGCUUUCGACAAAGAAAAGGUGAUCGAUGACAUUAUGCAUGGAAGGCCAGUUUUCUACAGGGUCCUCUUCCCCAUGUGGAACCGGAUACCACCCAAAGUUACCAAAAUUUUAGUCAAUGGUUAUUUGAUUUGUACGGGUUCACCUAUUCCUAUUGCUUUGGUGCCCAUAUUGACUACCAUUAAUCUCCAACACAAGCUGCGGAUAGAUGUGAUGCCUUUGUUUUCAUCGCCCGAGCCCGCUGUUGCCAGUAGACCAAGUUCAUUUGACAAUGUCGCAUCUGGCGAUUCCGACGUCGCUGAACCGACAAAUUUCGAUAUCAGACGAUACGACGCGGCUUUCAGCAACGAAAACCCGUCCAACACGAACUCUUUAAAUAAGAGGGAGAAUACGGAGAACCCGUUUUUAAGCAAUAACAAGAACCCGUUCAAUUUUAACCCCCCCUCUCGAGCCGAUCCCGGCAAAGCUUUCCCUGGAAAUCCUUUUUUUACGGCACUGUCCACGCCGUUACCUUCUAGAAGUCCCGAAAUCGAAAAUGUUUCCCAAGACGAGUUUCAAGUAUUUAUACCCAGAACAUCAGAGGCACCCAUGAGGUCUGAAGCAAACGUUCCCCAGAGGGCUUUUGAAUUUAAACCUCCUUCUAGAGAGACAAAUUUCAACAAUAACAAAACAAAGUAUGGCGAUGUUUGUGGUCGUCCCAUCGCGACCAAUUCUCUCAUUGUUAACGGAAAUCGGGUUCCCAGGGGCGCCUACCCUUGGCUGGUGGCGAUAUUCGUCGUGAAGGCUACAGGACUCAACUAUAUUUGCAGCGGAUCUCUUAUUUCCGACAGACAUAUUGUGACAGCCGCUCAUUGCGUCAAGACCGAGAAAAGAAAAUACAAACCCCAGGAGCUGCUAUGUAUUUUGGGUAAACUGAAUAUCCAAAAAUGGGUGCCCAGCAACGGCGAGAGAAUAAUUGAACCGGAAUCGAUCAUCGUACAUCCAGAUUACGAAUCGGGUACGUCGGAUGCGGAUAUCGCGGUCUUGAUACUUGGCGAGCCUUUGGAGUUUACUAAAUUCGUCAGUCCGAUUUGCUUAUGGAGCGGCUCCACGGACCUGGGCCAAGUCGUUGGUCAGGAAGGAACAGUUUUAGGGUGGGGUAAAGACGAAAAUGGCGACAUCAGCACUGCUGAGCCGAGGCAAAUAAAUUUGCCAAUCGUCACCCAGGAAGAGUGCCUCAGAAGCGGGAUCCAGUUUCAGUACAUUACGUCCAACAGGACUUUUUGCGCAGGUUCCCGCAACGGUUCAGGGCCGUGCAAUGGAGACAGUGGAUCCGGUUUCAUUAUGCGAAAAGACGGACGAUUUAUGCUCAAAGGAAUUGUGUCGAUAGCAGUGUCAGAGCCAACCAAGAGGACGUGCGAUCUCAGCAAUUACGUUGUCUUCACUGACGCCAGUAAAUUUUCCGAUUGGUUCAUCAAUUUUAUUAAAUAGAGUAUAUGAAA